AAGGUAAAUGUAGUCAAAGUUAUAUGUAAUAAGUACGUCUGAACAAGAAAUGAGCAUUUUUAGUUAGUAUCAUGAAAUAGCUAAAGGUACCUUACCUACGUUAAUGUCAUUUCAAAUUGUUCCAAUUUACAAGAAUCUAUUCAAGGAGAUGAAUUAUCUACACUUUAUCAUUCUAUUUGCUGCAAAAAACGCCGACUCUAGAAGCAAUCCCCAUGAUGAAGCAGACCCUCUACUUGAUACGAAUAGAUUUAUAGCAGAAACGACUGUAUCAUUGCCCAAAUUUACGCUUCAAAUCGACAAAAAUGAUUAUUGCGUCGAUUCAGCGAAUUACCUCAAGGUGUCAGAGAUGCCGUAUUAUAUCGAUAAAACUGCAUUCAUUCGAAACGUCAUGGAAGACGGUGAUGAUAAAUAUAUGGAAUUCUGCGCACCCAAGAAGUUCGGUAAGAGUACCUUUCUAAGUAUGCUGCGUAGUUUUCUAUCUAUUGAAACUAACGAAAAUGGCCAAGUUGUUAACUCGACUCCAGAAGAACGCUUCAAAUUGAAAACGAUGGAUUCGUUUAAAAAUAAAUCCGUUUUUAAAGACGAGCAGGGAAACCAAUUAUCGGAUGAAGCCAUCAAAAGCGACGAUCUGUUUCUUAAGCAUUUUGGAAAUCAUCCUGUAAUAUCUGCUGAUUUCUCAGGAAUCCGUGGCGCAACUGAUCGCGAUCUUCAUGUCAAAUUAUAUAAGGGCAUCGUAACAGCUUGUCGCGAUCACGCGUACAUAUUUAAAAAUAAAUCGUUAUGGUUUCCAAAAUCACGAAAGAAACAUUUUUUCGACAUGUACUGCAGAUCUAAGCAGGACCGCGACACUGCCCUUACUGUGCUUAUACCUGAUGCAUAUUACGAGUUGUCCCGAAAAUUGUACGAACAUUUCGGCAGAAAGGUGAUAAUGUUAAUCGAUGAGGUGGACGCACCUACCACGUCGAUUUUAUAUAAUGGAAAUUUUUCUGAACGCAAUUUCACUUACGUCGACGAUUUGAUAAAAUCUUUAUUAACAUCGAUUACAAAGGAUAGAGACCCCGAAAGGUUCAAGUGCAUAGAAAAAGUCAUCGCAACCAGCGUAUUAAGUUUUAGAGUAGCUUCAUCUCCAGACCCUCUCUUCAUGAACCCCUACCGUUUCUUGCAAAACGCAGAAUACGAAUCGUUAUUUGGUUUUACUAGACACCAAGUACAAAAAAUCAUAGAAAACAACGACCACUUCUUGAGAAAAACAAUUGAAAAUUACGACCCAGAAAAUUUUCUUACGGAUACCGCAAUCAGGUAUAAUGGUUAUAAAACCAUUAACGGCGUUUCGAUUUUUAAUCCGUGGUCCGUGGUAAACGCCGUCACAUCAGGAAGAUCCAAUCACGAUUGGCCCAUGCCCAUUGUUUCCGAUCAAGAAAAAUUUGUCAAUAUUUGUAUUCAUCCUAGAAUUUUACCUACAAUGUGGCAACUAUUGGCUGUCGAUAACGUGCAAAAGAAAAUAGAGUACAGGUUUGUAUCUUACGAUUACUUUCCCAGGGUAUUAUUGAUGCUCAGAGAAAUGCUGCUCGAAAGUAAAAUUUUUGACGCGAGUCAUUUCUUUAUAUAUCUGUGCGAGUGUGGAUUCUUAUCAUGCAGAAUCGUAAAGGAUCAAAUCAGCAUGGAGAUUCCAAACUACGAAGUACAUUUGUGGAUGCAUCGACUGAUAUUUUCUUUCCAUCAAGCGCAAGCGUCGUACGCUGUACCCUCACACCUGAUGGCACACAUAGGAGAAACGUUUAAGAGAAUUACAUCGUUAAUUAAUAAUGGCGAUCGCGAUGCGAUGGAAGUACACAUGACAGGUGUGGAAGCAUCGUUCAAAGAACUGGCCGACGAUUUGCAUUCGUUACACAUAGUCAUGUACUCUCGGAUUGAAGAAGCCGAGUUUAUAGGAGUGAUCAGAGAUUCAAACCCACAUCCGGCAGAACAUAUCUUCAAGUGGGCUCUAUACGUCAUUCUAAAGGAAAAAGAUGGCACGCAAGACAUUUUCCAAGAACAACUUGUUCGAGGUGGAAGGAUCGACAUUGUAUUAACAACAACUCACAAGGUUACCUUCAUUAUUGGGUUAAAAUAUGGUGGCAAUUCGACAGAAGCGAUCAAACACUGCAUCAAAAACACUUAUCCCAGUAUCCUACUUUACACACAAAAUACCACCACUGGAAUUUCCUAUGUAAUAAUGGGUAUUAAUUUUCGCAGAGGUGUAAAAAAGACAGUGGAUAUAUCAUAUUUGAUUGACUCGAUCGAAGAAAAAAGUAUAAAAACCGUAUCAACAUACUCGUAAAAAUCACUAAUUAAAAUUUUGUAUCACAUACCUACUCGUAAAUUUGUACCUAUUAGAAUAAAUAGCUUUUAUUUAGUUUAAUAACGUAUAUCAAAACAAAUGUUUGGACCAUCCUGGAUCCUACAGCGAGUUUUCAAUUUUCUCUCGAAAUUCAAUAUUGCCGCGAAAUAGUCCGGCACAUAUGACAAUAAGAAUAAUUGUACCCCCCCCCCCCGAUUGUCUGGGACAAUUUCCAACUGCCACUAGCAGUCGACUUGAUACAAUAUAUACAUACGAGUAGUGUGCUUAAGCAGGAGUGCGCCGUGAAUUUCGGCUUUCCAACUACAUUUGAUGAAAUUUUGUAGAAAUUUCAAGUUUCAAAAAUUGACUGGAGGCUUUCCAAAAAAGUGAUCGCUGGAGGCUCGAAAACCACUUGGAAUCCACUUGCAGUCGACUUCCUGUAACGUAUUGAAAUUAAUUUAUAGAAUGAAUUUCCGCUUUCCGUUUCUAUUUGAUGAAAUGUCGUAGAAAUUCCAAGUUUCAAAAAUCUGUCGGAGGUUUCAGGUUUACUCAAAACGGUUUGAAACCGCAGGAGCGUUGGUUCAAAAUCCAAAAAAAAAAUGAAUACCUAAAAUGUAAUUUUCAAAAACUUUUAGAAAUAAAAUUCAAAGUUGAUCACUUAUUUUGGACCAAGACUAGAGAGGGAAAAUUUUGUUUCUGAAAGGUGCUCGUAAUGCGAGGUUAAAUGUCGUGUUAAUUAAACCAAAGAAAUUGAAUUAUAGUUACCAUUAUUUUAAUAGGUAAAAAGAACAUUAUUAAAGUGAUACAAUCGAUUAUUAGGUAUAUCUACUACUUGAUAAUCAAUAUCUUACCACAAUUCAUAAUAACAUCACCAAUGUAGUAAGAAUAAAACCACAAAACAGAUAAACGAUACGUAUUAAUUAUAUUUUGACAAGCUGAAUUGUGUACCUAAGUAGAUAAGACUAACUUCAGAUUCGAAAUAUUAGACCAUAAGCUACACCAUUCGUUAAUAUGUUUCCUUACUUCUAGGAGCGAACGACACCGUUUCACCAAAAAAUUGCUUUAUGAACUUAUCAAUUUCUCCUUUAUUUUCGUUAAAAUACCACGUUAAAAAAUAAUCCAGCAUCUCGGGAAAUUCGGGUUUGAAAUCAUCAUCGUUAUUAUCAACUUCUCCUGUUACCAAUCUUCUCAGCUGAGCUGGCAACAUAUUGAGAGAAAUAUCCUCAACUCAUAUCGAUUGCUUGAAUUUGAUAACUUCCCCUGCGCUACCCAACAACCAAAUAAGAUUUUUUUGCACAUAUUCGCUAUACUUGUAAGAAAAAUUACCAUUAAUCAGACUCUCUUUGAAACGUUCAAAUAAGAGUUUUUUCACAGGCACUACUACUUGUCCAUCUGAAAACAAACUGCCGACAAACUUCUUCGCGUAAACGGCAUCGUACUGGAAAAUCCAUUUCAAUAAACAGUCUUGGGUUACAGGUGAUGAUGCGAAUUGGCGUUUAAAUUCGACGCCGAGAUCAGCAGCAUCUUGAAAAGCAUCGUUGACGAACUCACUCAGCGAGUCGAUGUUUCUAAAUAUCAUCAUCUUCACUACAGAAUUUUUGCCGACAUAAUUCGACCACAAUAAUCGCCGUUUCAACUCGUUUAUUUUGCGCACAUCGGAGCAGAAAACAGACAAACAGUCGUUUAAUUUUUUAAACAAUCCCAGUUCCAGCAACUCGACGCAGUAAUCGGCGAUAUUUUCAUAUCUCGCCAUCGUUGCAAUUUCGUUUUCUGUUCGUAAGCACAAUUUCACCACUUGCAAAAAAUCAUCGUUAUCCGCACCGCAUUCGCUGAUCAAAUUACGCCAA